AUGUUUUUAUAUUUGCGAGAAUUAUUUUUUUUAUUCGCUUUGGUCUUUACAUCGUACACAGCUUUAUUUAGCAGUUUACCGAAAAUUGGGAAGGCACCAACUCCUGUUCCCUUUUUCCAGAGAAAUUCUGAAGUUGUAGAUUAUUAUAGGGGAAAUAUAAAUGCUGCUUUUCAAAGAGCUUCUGAAGUUGAUUUAACAGUGAUUAUGUAUUAUGCUCCUUGGGAUGCAGAAUCGCAAGCGACAAGAGGUGAAUUUGAAGCUGCUGCUAAGUUUUUUAAAGACGAGGUGUUUUUUACUGCAAUAAGUUGUUGGGCUCCUACUUCGGAAUGCAAACAACAUGUGACUAGAAUUAAAACUUUUCCCGUGAUUGUUGCCUAUCCUCAACAUUCAAAAGGAAUCGCUUACCAGGGGCCUUUAAAAGCUGUUUACAUAAUACAUUUUAUAAAAACAUUAAUGAGACCAAUACAUAGAAUACUAUCAUCUGUUGAUAUUGUCCAUUUGACAAGUAAAUUUAAUAUUCUUCUAGUUGGUUGUUUCUUAUUUAGUGGAAGCCUUGGGGGACCUGGUUAUUAUACAUUUUUUUCUACUGCUAUAAAAAUAUUAGAAAAGUAUCCCUUACAAGAAGUCGGAUUUGCAGUAACAACUGAUCAAGCUGUAGCAGCUUCACUCGGUUUUGACGUAUUACCAAACAUACGUUUAUACUUAUGGAAUGAAACUCAUGAUUAUCCAGUUCAUGCUGAUUAUACAGAAGAAUCAUUAAUUAAAUGGAUAACACAAAAAUCUUAUCAAAUUGUGCAAUGGGUUUCCCCGCCAAAAGUCAAAUCUCAAAUUUUAUCACCUCUGAUAACAAAAGGGCCAACAUUAAUAUUGUUCACACCUAGAAAUCCUUUGGCAAAUGAUAAUCCAAUGUUUAACAUGUUGAAAGAAUUAACGUUGAAAUACUACAAUUGUGACAACAACACGUGGGUGAGACAUUUGUCGAAUUUCAUUGAAUUUAAAAAUAGUUAUCAAGAACUAUUUGAAACUAAAUAUGAUAAUAAGUGCGAAAUGAGAAAAAUAAAAAAGGAUUUUGAUAAAAUGUCAAUUAUCAAUAUGCCUUCUGUCGUGCCUAAUUUAUUUUAUAAUAAUAAUAGUGAAAAUACCGAUCAAGAUGUUUGCGAUGUUGAAGAUUUAAAUAUAAAAUAUUUUAAUCGUGAAUCCGAAGUUUGUUUCAGUCACACGACGAAAGUUAAAAGCGUUCUUUUAAACACUAUGAAACACAGUCACAAUUUAGAAAAUUUGCAAUUUUUAAAUGAUAAAAAAGAUUUCAAAUCACCGGAAAUGUUGUUUGAAUAUUGGGAAGAUUUUAAAUGUAAAAAUUUAGAAUAUGAAAAUAAUUAUUAUAAACUUUCUUAUCCGAAAAUUCAGAAAAUGAUUGAUUUUAAUGAUAAAAUCGAUGGUUUGGCUUGCGUUAAUAAUCGAACGUUGUCGGUCAUUGCAAUGGAUUCUUUGAUUUAUUAUCAAUUUGCCGAAGGACUUGGCGUAGAUAUAUUAAAUAAAAAAGAUAAAAGUGCAAUUAUUAUUAUUGAUAAAAAGGAAGAUAGUCAGUUUUUAAUGGAGGAAGAAAUAAAUAGGGAAAAUUUAAUAUCGUUCAUAAUAAAACACACGAAGAAAAAAUUAAAUCGAUUCCUUCGAUCGUCGCAUAAUUCAAAAUCAAGGUCAUUGACUCGUUAUCGAUUUCCGGUUAGAAAAGGUGAAAAUUGCACCCACACGGAUACGGAAUCCUGCGUGCCUGAAUUAAAUUCAAAUAAUUUUAUCGAUUUCGUAAUGAAUCCAAACAAGCGUAUCGCACUUGUAUUUGUUACUAUCGAGAUAUUUCACGUAUUUUCAGGAUUGGAUUUGCGAGAUCGACGUGAUAAUAACGAUCUUCCCUGGGAAUACACGAUGGAUCUUUUUCCAUCGAUAUUAUUUUUUCCAACUCUGAGAAAAUCAGAAAGUAGAUUGUACAGCAACGACCUUCCGUUCACAAUAAAAAAUUUAAUACAUUUCGUUUUGGCAAAUUUGGAACCGGAAGCUAAAAUUCCUGCCAUGAUAAGCCUUUGCAUAAGUUUCGAAAAACUUCAGAACGAUAACGAAGCUAGAAGAUGUAAAUCGAAAAUACAAAAACAAUGUUACGAUUAUUUAUCAUUGAUAUUAAAAGACGUGAGAAAAAUAAUGAAUCGUUGGAAAAAUUUACCGCCCACGUCAAAAUUCAUAUCGGAUUUAAUAAGAAAAAAACAAAUAUUAAUACAAAAAUUAGAAUAUUUUAAAAAUAGUCAUUUUCUAUUGAGUUCAAUAGAUAAAAUAAGUAAAAAAUCAAGAGUUUCGGCGGAUAUAUUACAAUUAUAUUUAAAAUUUUUAUCAUUGAUUAGAACUAAUACAUAUUAUUUAAAUUACGACGGGUACAGAUGA